AUGGCGCUGUUUCCUCGACACCACGAAUUCCCCUGUAAAGAUCAUGUUUUUCAGAAUGGAACUUCAACUCGACAAAGCAAAGCAGAGCUGUUGUUUGAUUCAAAUGGUUCAAGACGUUUUUCGUCCGGCAGAACAUUCCCAUGUCCGGCGUUUGACGUGAUGAUGAAGGCAGAGGUUACUAGCAGUAGCACUAGUGGUCUGAAACAUAGAGCAAUUGCUGAAGGAAACCCUCUGGGGCGGGAUUGUAUGGUGAAGAGUCAUAUAAGAUCGAUCCCGUAUUGUAUUUCUUCAAGAGGAAAACUAUGCUUGGUUAGGGCGUCAUCAGAGACCAAGAUUACCAAGAAGAGACUUAAGCUGUUGGAUUCUUACUUUGGGAAACUUCAAAGCAAUGAUGAGAAGCCUUCUAUCUCAACGGGAGAUGAAAUUGAUUCGAAAGCUGAACUCAAUGCCGAGGAAGAGUUGGAAUCUUUGAGCGUUUAUCUUGACAAACUCCAAAAAGAUGCAAAAUCUAAAGGUUUAGUCCCGACGGUAAAAUCAGGUGGUGGUUCAUUAGCAAGCAAAUUGAGACAGGCUGAUACCGAGAGUAAUAGUAGUCCUUUCCAGCAGCUCGAUGAUGAUGAUCAGUCAGAAGAUACAUUGGACUUCUAUGCUGUGAGCAUAUUAGCAUCCAUAAAUGUUGGAGUAUGUCUGUUUGAAGCGGCGGCUCCAGUUAGGAACAACGAUAUGGGACUCUUAUCACUCCCGCUAUUGUAUGGAGCAAAGAUUAAUGAUCUAAUCAUGGCUGGCGAAUGGUGGAGGCUCGUCACACCCAUGUUUCUGCACUCUGGAAUUCCUCAUGUAGCCCUUAGCUCCUGGGCUCUGCUUACUUUUGGACCAAAAGUUUGCCGUGGCUAUGGACUAUUCACGUUUGGUCUCAUUUACGUUCUCGGAGGAGUCUCUGGUAAUUUCAUGAGCUUUCUUCACACAGCAGAUCCCACAGUUGGAGGAACUGGACCAGCAUUUGCGUUAAUAGGAGCUUGGCUCGUUGACCAAUCUCAGAACAAGGAGAUGAUCAAAAGAGAUGAAUAUGAGGACUUGUUUCAAAAGGCCAUUAUAAUGACAGGACUCGGUCUCAUAUUAAGCCAUUUCGGUCCGAUUGAUGACUGGACAAAUCUUGGAGCACUUAUAGCUGGGAUCGUGUACGGAUUCUUCACUUGUCCUGUGCUUCAAUUUGGAAGAGAAAAUGGAAGGCAAGAAGAGAUGGUGACGGUUGGACCAGAGAAGCCGUAUAAUGCUGAUCCGUGUAAAUCGUUUCUUGUGUUCACAGUCUUUGUCGCGGUUAUUGUGACUUCUCUGCUACUCUUCGGGGAUGGACCAUUGGACUUCCCUACGUACGAUGAUGUUGUCUACUCUCUCAUUUAG